AAAGAUGCAUAAGUGCAUUAAGACUGCAGCUUAAUAGUGCAAAACUCAACCCUUUUAGCUGUUUGCGAAUUUAUUGGAUUAUCACCAUUUGUGCCACAUCAGGAACAUAAGAUUAAAUAAAAUGGAUUUGAGGAUUCUUUUUCCAUUGUUGUCCAUGCUGUCAUCUGGAAUUUUUGAUUUGGCUGCUCCAGCAUCUUUGGGUCAUGGCACAGCACAAGGCACAUCAAUCUCUGUGCGACACUCCAGGACUAAGAGAUGUUCCUGCGCAAGUUUUAUAGAUAAAGAGUGUGUCUACUUUUGCCACCUGGACAUAAUAUGGGUCAACACACCAGAGCGAACAGUGUCAUAUGGACUUGGAAACGCUCCACGUAAGAAGCGCUCAGUAACAGAACCUGUUGUGCCCAAGUCACGCUGCAAAUGUGCAGAUAGUCAAGACAAAACAUGCUCUUCAUUUUGUCAGCUGGACAAUUCGUUACAGCAUAAAGCAGCGUCAGACAAGGCAAUCCAUGCCGCCCAGGGCCAAGAUUGUGCCGAGAAGCAAUGCAAACACAAACUGGCAGACAAACAGACAAAGAUUAGACGGGUGAAAAACACAACACAGAUUGGUGACAUCCUCUCCAGAGUGAGGGCCAUCAAGAGGAUCCAUCUUCUGGAGAAAUGGCGAGUGAGGCGGCACCACAGGGCACGAGCGUGGACGUCUGAAAAUGCUGCCUUGUAGAGAUCAGGCUCAUCUUUGCUGAUCCACCACAGGAUUUACCUGGAUAAGAAGCUCCUCUCUGCUCAUUUAUCGCACACGUCUUGUGUUUUCAUGCCAUGGGGUGUCAUCAGGUGUGUUGGAAUACCUGCAGAUGCAAGCGUCUUGGAUUGUGAUGUUUGUCAUGUGGGCUUCACCUUAGAGGUGAGUCGGCAUCAGUGUGGAGUUGUGGAGCUCAACGGGAUAAAAACCAAGGAAGAUGUUGACUGAAACAAACCAAACCUCAAAUUAUAAAGACUAAGCUCUAUCAACACUAAACUUUUCUGAACUAGACCUUUUGGUGCAUGGGAUAACUAGUUGGAGAAGCCAAGUGGGAUGUUUAAAUUAAACUGAUUGCAAAUAAAGACUAGCAUUGAAGAUACUUGUUGCACAUGAGGAAUAUGCUGUAACUAAAUGAAACUGUGGAAUCAGGGACUCCAGAAACCCAAAGAGAUGUGUCGCCCAUCAGAGGACACUGAACAUCAAGCCACUACAAGCCAAAGACUCUUUCUUGGAUCUUGUUACUGGACUCAUUCACUUUAUUCGCUGUAAAACAAUGAAGCUCUGCAAUUGCGUCAAUGCAUCAAUGGAAUUGCUAUUUUUCACAUUUAUGUUAAAUAUUUAUCUUUAGCCAUAUUGGCUAAUAAGAUUUUUCUCAAUGUUAU